AUCUGGCAACCCUCGAAACCGGAAGUGCUCGUUCUCGGAAAGCUGCGCGGGAAAGGCGUCUGUUUGGGUGAAAGCGGGAGAGAUACACAAGAGCAACUUGUGCUGAACAACUGUUAAGAAUUUUGCAACUUAUCGAGGUAACUGGUGUCAGGAUGAAGGUGGUAACCUGUGAGAUCGCCUGGCACAAUAAGGAGCCGGUGUACAGUCUAGAUUUCCAGCAGAGCGGUGAGGGAAAGAUACAGCGGCUCGCUACAGCUGGGGUGGACACCACAGUGCGGAUGUGGCGUGUGGAUAAAGGGCCCGAUGGGAAGGCAGUAGUUGAGUUUUUGUCUAACCUGGCCCGACACACUAAAGCAGUGAACGUAGUGCGGUUCUCACCCACGGCUGAAGUCUUGGCUUCUGGAGCAGAUGAUGCUGCGAUCUUGCUUUGGAAACUGAAUGACAAUAAGGAGCCUGAGCUAACCCCGACCUUUCAGGAGAAUGAAGAUGAUCAGCUCAAUAAAGAGAGCUGGAGUGUGGUCAAAACACUGAGGGGGCACAUUGAGGAUGUGUAUGACAUCUCCUGGACCAGCGAUGGGAAUUUCAUGGUUUCAGGCUCAGUGGACAACACUGCCAUCAUGUGGGAUGUCAAAAAGGGACAAAAGAUGUGCAUUUUUAAUGAUCAUAAGAGUUAUGUGCAAGGAGUAACAUGGGACCCUCUUGGACAGUACAUCAGCACAUUGAGCUGUGACAGGGUGAUGCGCGUGUACAGUGCUCACAGCAGGAAAAAAUCUUACUGUGUGAGUAAAAUGACUUCAGCUGCCGCUCCAGACGGAGAGGUGAAGAACUACAGAAUGUUCCACGAUGACAGCAUGAGAUCGUUCUUCAGACGCCUCACAUUCACACCAGAUGGGUCAUUCCUCCUCGCACCAGCUGGGUGUGUCGAGGCUGGAGAGAAUGUUACAAACACAACAUAUGUAUUCUCCAGAAAAAGCUUUAAGAGGCCCAUUGCUCAUUUGCCCUGUCCAUCUAAAGCCACGCUGGCAGUGCGCUGCAGUCCAGUGUACUAUGAGCUGAGGACAAAAAGAGCUGAAGAUGGUUCACUGAAGCCAGUGUCAAACACGUUUAAUUUACCGUAUCGGCUGGUGUUUGCGGUUGCAUCAGAAGACUCUGUCUUCUUUUAUGACACACAACAGACACUGCCGUUUGGAUACGUGUCCAACAUUCAUUAUCACACGCUGAGUGAUCUCAGCUGGUCUCGUGACGGCUCCUUCUUGACCGUCUCGUCCACGGACGGCUACUGUUCCUUCGUGUCGUUUGAGGAAGGGGAGCUGGGCACUCCACUGAAGGAGCGACCCCCGCUGGAGAUGGUGACCCCAUCCUCUACUAAUGAGAAGAAAGGCAAGAGACUCUCAGCCAAUGGCAGAACUGCUUCCCCGGUCCCUCGCCAGGCCAGCACACCUGCACAGGAAAAGGAGAAAGAGGGAUCUGCUGGCCUUGCGACCUCCAAGACUCCCAGCGUAUCUGGUCCAGAAGAGAAACGCACACCUCAAGCUCAGCAAAGCAAACCUCAGCCCAGAAGAAUCACGCUCAAUACUCUAGAGGGCUGGGGCAAACCCAGCACCCCCAAAUCACCAGCAACUGCUCCCAACACACCCAAAUCUGCUCCUUCCACCCCUGGAUCCAGCAGAGGACCCCUGACUCCUCUUACAGCCCCCAGCACUCCCCUAGGACUCCUCAACUCCAAAAAUACCACAACUCCCAAAGGACCAACUCCUAGACGUAUUUCACUGACUCCAAUUGUCACCCCAUCUUCCACUGAGAAAGCCAAACACGAGAGACCAUCUCCCCCCAGUGACCCAGCGUGCAAACCUCCUGAAUCUAAGAGGUCCAAGACUGAUGCUCCCAAUGGUUCUGCCCAGAACAAUGAACAAAAAGUGGACACAGAACCCAGCAUCAAACCCCAGGAGCCAUAAACAUUGACUGUGCUUCUUUGUGCCUCUUUCUUAGCACUCACAUCCUCAGAGAUGAAGUACACUCAUAAACCAGUACAUUAAACACCUGAUCCCAUGGACAUAUGGAGUUAUGAACUUGCAUGAUAUGUUUCUAAAACCCAUCUUCGCUUUCAUUUUCAGUGUCUGUUUUCUAUUUGAAGAGGGGAAAAUACAUGUAAUUAUUCUCCACAACAACCUACUCCCUCAUGACUUAAAUUCCUUUUUUUAUCUUAUGAACAGAAAUGUUUUACUUUUGUACCAUCUGUUAGAAUUUUCUGCAUGAAUAUUCUUUUUUGAAGUUUAAAAAUUGAUGUGAUUGCAAUGUUUUGUAAAGAUUUGCUUUAACAUUUUGUGAUUCUUAAAAAAAAAACUAAAAGUGUUAAAUGACUUGC